ACAUUCGCUAGCACUAAAACUUUGAAUGAAAGUGCAAAUCAGCUGUUCGUGCUUUGAAAUUGAAUUGGUGUUUACGUGGAUUUUUUUUUAUUCGAUUCGACCACAAUUUAAGGCAGAACCGCACACACAAUGAUCGAGAUAACAGAUCUGCAGAAAAUUGGCAUCGGCUUGGCUGGUUUUGGCAUCUCGUUUCUGUUCCUCGGCAUGCUGCUGCUGUUCGAUAAAGGCUUGCUCGCCAUAGGCAAUAUUCUAUUCAUAUCGGGCCUCGGCUGUGUGAUCGGUGUGGAGCGCACCCUGCGCUUUUUCUUCCAACGCCACAAAGUCAAAGGCACCACCGCCUUCUUCGGGGGCAUCGUCAUCGUCCUGCUGGGAUUCCCCAUCAUCGGGAUGAUCAUUGAAUCCUAUGGAUUUUUCGCACUGUUCAGCGGCUUCUUCCCCGUGGCCAUUAAUUUCCUGGGACGCGUGCCUGUCUUGGGAUCGCUGUUAAAUUUACCAUUUAUGCAAAAGAUCGUUCAAAAACUUGGCGGAGACGGGAACCGAACUACAGUAUAAUCUCAUCUGUACAGUUUGCCAUAGUUAUAUAUGAAGACUUUUGUAUAAAGUAAAUAAAUUCAAUUGAAAUUCUUGUAAACCCAUUAAA